AUUUGAUCAAGCCAUUUAGUAUUCCGCUCUUUUCAGCUAAAGAAAGUUUGAUCCACCAAAUUGUUGUAUUUGUAGAAUGCAAUAAUAACCGCUUAACUUUGACGAUUUUGGAUUGUGUGUCAUCAGCGUAAUAUAGUGAUCAGCUGAUUGUUUUUGUUGACGUGAGCCAUUAAUUCUCAAGGCGAAUAUCAUUCUUGAUUAAUUCUCCAAUAAUUUAAUUUGUAAAUUGUUUGGGAGGAUGCAAAUUUUGGAAUAGUAUUUGUAAUAAUUCUUGGUAUAAUGGACCGUAACAAGCGUGAACUAGAGACUUUGGUGUCUUCACAAAAAGAGCAGUUGGCUAGAUACGAGAAGCGUUUGAAAGACGUCGUCACAGCUUAUAAAGGGCUACUCAAAGAAAAAGAAGCACUUGAGUCAAGCUUGGCUACUUUAACAACCACCAAGAAUGGAACGAAUAGUGAAAGCUCUACUCCUACUGACACUGCUGCAGUUGAUAAUUCUGAGGUAGCAAUGGCUCCUGAGUCAAGAGGCCUUUUCGUCGAGGAUAAACAACAAUUACAGACACAAAUUAUGACAUUGAUGAAUUCCCUGGCGACAUUAUCGGCGGAGAAGUCUCGAAUGGAGGCUUCUUUUCAGGCAGAUAAGAAACAAUUACGUGGUCAAUUGACCCUAAAGGACAAAAACAUUGCUGAUCUGAAAAAAGCAAUUAAAGACAACGAAGAUAAAGCCAAGGCGCAUUUAGACGAAAUGAAAGCAAAGUGGAUUAUCGAGUGCCAGGAGCGUGAAAAAGAGACAAAUAACCAGAUGAUUAUGAUACGGGAACUACAAAAGUUAUAUGCUGACGAAAGGCAUCUGAAAGAAAAUAUUGAAAUGCAAUUAAAUAAUUUCAAAACACAAUUUGCCAACAAUGAGGCUGAAAAUGUACGUGUGCGUGAUCUUCAAGCACAGCUUAAAGAGACCAAAUCACAGUUGAUGCAAAUACAAGCUAAUAAUUGCGACACACAGCAUACAACCACGGAUGCUGCUGGCACGGCAGAUAAUAAUAUUUUAUUAAAACAUGUGCAGCAACAGAUGCAACAACUGAAGGAACAACAUGCUGUUGCCAUCAAGAAUGAGCAGCGACGUGUAUUGCACGCAGAAGAGCAAAGUAGACGUCAAGCAGCCUUACAUGAAGAUCGGGUUGCUAAUUUGGAGGCUCGCUUAGCAGAGCUCAGUAGUACGGUUGGUAACUAUGAUCGUCUACGACAACAGGACCAAGAAAGCAUACAAACAUUACGCAAAAAAUUGCAAGAAAUAGAGCGUAAUACUGAUUCAAGUUCAAACUUGGCCAUUACUACAGAUUCCAAUGCUUAUCAUUGGCGUCGCAGGCUAAGUAAUACUGGAUAUGAGAUUCCAGCCAUAGUUGAUGAAAUUAUGCGUUUGAAAAAGUUGUUAAUUGCCGAAAACUCCUGUGCUGCAAGUCCCAUAGAUAUGAGCAAAAUAUUUUCGGUUAGCGCAGAUCACACACAUUGUCACGAAGAACUGGAACAUUUGCAACAACAAUAUGAUGCUUGUAAGAUGGAAGUGGCGCAGCUUCAGGAGCGUUUGCAAGUUCAAAAGUCGCAUAUAUCCACAUUACAGGAAAAAGUGAAGGUAUUAAAUCGCAACAUUGAUGAACAAGAGCUGGAUCUAAAAAAUCAGGCGGAAAAACAACGACAAGCUGUUAAAGAAGAACGUGCUAAAUGGAAAAGUAAACUAAAUGAGUUGGAGAAUGAGACACGUUGUAAAGUUGUUGACUUGGAACAGCAAUUGCAAAAGCAAAGACAGCGAUCCUUGCAAUUACUUGAUGAAAAGGAGCAGGAGAUAAAAACCUUGCAAACGUCAUUUGAAGUUUUCCACAGUGUCACUUUACCGACUACAACAGUUGGCACACACGCAGAACAGAACCUACCAACGUCAGCUUCUGAUGCAGAAAGCAAUGAAGGAGUUGGAGUAGGCAGCAGUAACUCUCAGUUGGGCUCAAAAGUGUCAGUUAAAGCAAAAAGGUUAUCAGUAGGCGAAAACUGCCACAUGCUUCAUUACGCAAACGAGAUAGCCCGUAAGGAUAUCGAAAUAGCUGGGCUACGAAAGGCAAAAUAUGCUGCCGAAUCGGCUUUGCGCAAAGCCAUACAGGAAAAAGUGAAUGCACAAGAAGACCUCUGUGAUAAAAUCGCGCUGCUGGAGGAACACGUGGACAGAUUGGAACGCUGCAAGACACGUGAAGGAGCGAAUCUUGAGUAUUUGAAGAACGUGAUCAUUAGUUAUAUCGUAACACGUGACCCGGAUGGCAAACGCCACAUGCUGAAUGCCAUAAGUGCUGUACUACAGUUAACACCAGCCGAGAUGCAGACGAUUAAUAACGCAUUCCAAAAGAAGUAAGGAAAUAAAAUCUUCCUUUCAACCAAUGGAAAUACGAAGGAAAUAUAUGUAUACAAUUGAUUAUAUGCAGGAUUAAUUAUAUUUGUGUAACAGUGUAAAUUUUUUAACA